ACCUGAAGAUCAGAUAGUGCUUGUGGUGUGUCUCUGUUCUGCCCCCAGCCUUUGGAUAAAAGGACAACUCUUGCCAGUAAAAUCCAAAUCCUGAUGUGAAAUGAGUACAGACUUCCACAAGCUCCUUUUUGACAUUUCUGAGGCUUUGGCCACAGAUGAACUCGCUGCUCUGAAGUUCCUCAGCCUGGAGCACAUCCCCAUGAGGAAGCUGGAAGCCAUCCAGGAGCCCAAGGCCUUCUUCGAAGUGCUGCAGGAGAAGGACAUGAUUGAGGUGGGGAGCCUCUCUUUCCUGAAGGAGCUGCUCUACCGGAUCAAUCGGAUGGACCUCCUGGCUGCACAGCUGGGCUGCAGCCGAGAGGAGAUGGAGAGAGAGCUUCAGAUCCCAGGCAGGGCAAAGGUGUCAGCCUACAGGCAACUGCUAUAUGGAAUUGCAGAGGACUUGACUCCAGAAGAUGUCAAGAGCAUAAAGUUCCUGCUCCAAAAACAAAUACCAAAGAACAAACUCCAGGAUAAUGCUUCAAUGUUGAAGGUCUUAGUGGAAAUGGAAAGAAACGGGAUAAUUAAAGAAGAUGACCUCGCAAUGCUGAAAGAUAUAUUAAAGGGAGUUAGAGCUGACAUAAAGAAAAAAAUCGAUACCUAUGAAGAAAAAAAAAAAGAAAAUUAUUCUAAGGAAAAACUCCACUAUCCAGUGUCUGCAUCUGUGCAUACAGCAGAACAAGGAGCAGAGGGGGAGACACCACACCUGCUUGUGGAAUCAUAUAAGAUGAAAAAUAACCCCCAUGGUUACUGUGUGAUUCUUAAUAACUACAUUUUUAAAAAUCCGUAUGAAGCCAGAGAAGGAACAGUGAAAGAUGGAGAGGCUGUGAAGAGGGUCUUUAAGUGGCUUCAGUUUGAGACAGUUGAGCACAUGGAUCUAGAAGCAAAGCAAAUGUAUGCAAAAGUUAAAGAAUACAGCAAAAAAGAUCAUAGUAACAUGGACUGUUUUGUUUGCUUCAUUUUUUCCCAUGGUGAAAAAGACAAAAUAAAAGGCGUUGAUCAUGAGCUUAUAAAUAUUAAAGAUUUACUCUCCUGCUUCAGUGGAUCUAAUUGUCCUUCUCUUGCUGGCAAACCCAAGCUGUUUUUCAUCCAGGCUUGCCAAGGCUCUGUAGGUCAUCCAGCUGUCACAGUGAAAGAAGACUUUUCCAGCCUUCUUGAGACAGAUGCUACCCCUCUGACUUCCAUUCCUGAUCAGGCUGAUAUUCUGGUUGGCAUGGCUACAGUGGAAGACUAUGAGUGCUACCGCUGUACAAAGACUGGCAGUGUUUACGUUCAGUGCCUCUGUGACAAGAUGGAGUUGCUUUGCCCACUCCGCAAGGAUCUCAUAACCAUCCUGACAGAAGUGAACAAGGAAGUGGGAAGAAGAGUAUUAAAUGGAUGGAAGCAGAUGCCAAAGAUAACAUCAACCCUACGGAAGCAAUUGAUCUUCCAAAUUCCACAAUGUUAGUCAACUGAAAAGUAGAAAAAUAGGAAUACACUCAGUUGGGAAUCACAUCUGGAAUGGGCUUCCACAGGGAAGAGAAUUUGCAAGAGAAAUUGUCUGGAUCUAUGUAGUUAGUCCCAGUCCUACCAGGGGCCAUGGGACCUAAAUUUUCCAAUCCCGUGGUUAAUCAGUCUCCUGACACCAGGAUCUGUAGCAGUCUGGUAAGGCCGUAGAGGAGUACAGAUCUGGCUUUCUGUCCUGCAGAAGCAGUGGAGUCUGUUCAGUCUGGGUUUCAAGAGAGGAAGCACUUCCAGAUAGUGUGAUUUUUAAGAGUUAUUGGAAAUGGCAGUGGAAGUCUUAUUUCUGUCCGAGUUGUUGUAAGUCCCUGAAAUCUGAAGAAAAGAACAGAUGGAUUCAGAAUGCUAGAUCCCUUCCCAGGGAGCAUGUGUAAGAUUGUUAACUGAUUUACCCAGAGGUGAAUCACUGGCUGUCUCUGGAAGCUGUAUAAUUUUUCAUGGAAAAUAACAUCCCUGUCCAGAAGGACUGAAAAGUGAUGAUAAUACAAGUUUUAUUCUUUUCCUCCAAAUAUUUAGUUUGCUUUAUAUUACUAAUUUACUUGGCUAAACAGCACUGCUGUUUAGGUUUUUUAAUAGUAAGGGUUCUAAUUGUGUUUUUUCUCAGAGCUCUUAGGGGACUGUUUUGAAUGGCUGUCAGCCGCUGGAAGGAAGGUGCUGCUCCGUUAGAUCCACUGCUCUGAGAUGCCUUCUCCUGGCAACUGACUCUAGCUCCUGUGGACUCUUCUUUCUGUUGUAAUAAAUACUCUUCGUUUUCACAUCACCAUUGUUUGUGGUGUGUUUCUCUUUUGGAUGAGCUGACUGAGGUACAGUCACCAUGAUGAACACUUUUACUUCAGCAGCAGAAGUUAUUUUGCUCUUGUUGAAGUAUUGGAUGGCAGCCACCCCAGGGGGUAGCAUAUUGAUAUCCCUUCAUUAGCAGCUGAAGAGAUGGUAGGAAAGAAUAAGUUUAAGUUCAGGACUUUCAUGAUAAUGGCGGCUGAUGCCAGUGAGGCUGUUCUUAAUUUGCAUCCUCAGAAAUGUGUAGGUGGUAUGUGGGAGCUGUAUGGGAUUCUAAUAGCUACAUUCCUUUUGAGUUUAUAAAAAGAUAAAGGAUGGAUUUAAGACACUUCGUAACUUUUGCUUUUUUUAGUUUGUAUUUUUUGGAAAGCCAUGUCUAGCCAUAAAAGCAAGGGUUCUUUAUUUAAUCCUGCUUGUGUUCUUGAAGCAAAACUUCUUCAUUCUAAUUCCACACAAUGUGUUGGCAGUUGCAUUUUGCUCC